UCUGAAGUGCGCAAGCGCGCUUGUGUCUGGCGGUAUUGCUUGUUGCCGGUUACUGAGAAGUGGCAGCUACCAAAAGGCGGAUCCUCACUGCUGGGGUGUUGUGGCCAGGCGGGUUUGGCCUGUCUCCGGCGCUAGUGUUGGGCUCGGGAGGUAGUGGAAAGGGAGGGCGGGGUGAAGUCUCUGUGGAGCCCGCAGGCUUCACAAUGAAGAGGAAUUGGGGGUUCGGGAGGGAGAAGGGCAUGUCGCCCUUGGGCUCCGCUUCUGGCUUGCAGAGGCAGGGCAGGGGCGUUGGGCAGAAGAACAAUGGAAUUGACAACUUGCUGCUGGGUUACCAUGUCCAAGACAGAGAUCUCAGAAAGAUCCACAAGGCUGCCUGUGUGGGCAACGCAGCGCAAGUGCAGCAGAUUCUGUUCUUCGCGGAAAAUGGCGUGGAUGAUAGAGACAAAAUGAACAGGACUGCUCUCCAUUUGGCCUGUGCCAAUGGCCAUCCAGAAGUGGUGAGCCUCCUAGUAGAGAGGAAAUGUCAUCUUAACCUCUGUGAUCAUGAAAACAGGACAGCUCUCAUGAAGGCCGUACAGUGCCAGGAAGAGAAAUGUGUAAACAUACUAUUGGAAAAUGGUGCCGAUCCAAAUAUUAGGGAUGUGAGUGGCAACACUGCUCUCCACUAUGCGGCCUUUGGUGAUAAUAUAUCCAUAAUAGAGAAGCUGCUGCUAUACAAUGCGAAUACUGAAGCAAGAAAUAAGGAUAACAUCACACCACUUCUAGUUGCCGUAAAUGAAAACAAACAGCAAAUAGUGGAAGUUCUGGUAGAAAAGGCAGCAAAUAUACAUGCAGAGGAUAAAUUAAAAAGUUACGAAAUAAUUUGUCGACAUAAAGAAGAAAUCAUGCUUAAAAAUUCUUUGCAAAACAGCAAUCCUGGAUCAGAUGAGAAGGCUGAGGAAGACUCUAUAACCAGGCUUUCCGACACACCUGUUCCUGAUGAUUCAUGGUCUACAUCAGCUAGCCAAGACUUAGAUUUUGGUACCAAGAGUAUGUCUGAGAAGCCCAACAAAUAUGUUCCUCAUGUCUCUGGAGCUGUGGAUCAGAAAGGGCAAAGUAUAUUAAGUGGACAAGUAGAAGGAUCAGAUGAGAAGGCUGAGGAAGACUCUAUAACCAGGCUUUCUGACAAACCUGGUCCUGAUGAUUCAUGGCCUACAUCAUCUAGCCAAGUCUUACAUUUUGGUACCAAGGAAGGAACAGCAAAGUCAGCAAUGGAAGCAAAGGGAGAUGGUGUUGGUAUUAUUGAAAAUGUGCCACCCAAGCAAACAGUUAAUGACAGUUUGACUUCUGCUGGUGGAGUGCAUAAAAAUUAUAGAAGUGAUAUCAUGUCAGCAUUAGAAUUAGGAGAAGAGGAAGAUGUAGAAUCACCUUCUCUUCCUGAGUAUCAAGUUCCAUUAAAGGUUGAUGAAAAAAAGAAGCACAGAGGAAGUGACAUAGAAGUAUCAGAAAACAUACAUGAUGCUGCGGCUGCUGGAUUAAUUCCACAAAGACAGAAUGGAAAAACUGAUAACCAUCAAUUGCCUAUUACAGAAAAUAAAGAUUCUGAUAGGAGGGAACCUGGUUUACAUAUGAAGAAGUUAAAGAAAGGUGAAAAUGAAAAAGGGACAUCAAAAGGAUCUGUGAUCACACCAGUGUUGCAGAAGGCAGAUUCCCUAACUGGUGGUCCACUACAAAAGAAUGAUGGCAGCCAUUUCAGUGAAAAGGAUCAGCAUGAAAGCAGACCUGCAAAGAAAAUUUCUAAGAAAAAGAACAAGGUCAAAAAGCAAAUUACCUCUAUGGAUGACCUUGUCGACUUCAUUCAGUCAUCUGAAACAGCUUCAGAGCAUUGUGAGUUGCCUUACUCUAAGAAUUUCAUGUUGCUGAUUGAACAACUUGGCAUGGAUUGUAAAGAUUAUGCUGGCUUCUUGAAAAUCCGAGAUAUAUGUGUUUCUUAUGAGAAAUUAAGGAAACUUAACAAAAAUCACUGUAAACUUCUUAUGGGAAAAAUGACAGAAAUGGACAAAGUGGUUAGUGCACUACAGAACGAGCUACGAGAAGCCAAAGACAUGAUAUCACGGUUAGAACAUCAAAAAGUGGAAUGGGAACGUGAAUUCUGCAGUUUGAGAUGUACCUUAAAACAAGAAGAAGAAGAAGAAAGAAGAAAUGCUGAUAUGUUAUAUGAAAAUAUUAGGGAAAAGUUAAGAAGAAAAGAAGACGAAUAUAAGAAAGAAGUUGAAACAAAACAACAAGUUGAACUCGCUCUUAGAACGCUAAACAUGGAAUUGAAGGCCACCAAAAAUCAGGUAGUUGCAAGACAACUUCAACAAGAACUGGCUGAUACUCUGAAGAAACAGUCUAUGUCAGAGGCUUCCCCAGAGGUUACAUCAUAUCUUUGUCUGGAAGAUGAAACACGGGAUCUCAAGAAGAAAUUAGCUCAAAUCAGAAGUCAGUUGCAAGAAGAACAGGAACGACAUGGAGAGGCCGUAAGAUAUGCUGCGGAGAAGAAAGAUCAUGUGCAAAAGCUACAGGUUAAAAAUGCCACACAAGAAGCAACCAUCAAACAUCAAGCGGCCCAAAUUCAAUAUCUUGAGAGCAACGUGAUAAAGACAAGUUUGGCUGAUGUCCUUACAACAGAACUGGAAACUACAUCUUCAAAAUGUCUACACAUGGAUGCAAAAAAUCAAGUUCUUCAACAAGAGUUAUUAUCAAUGAAAGCUUUCGAAGAAGAACGUGAAAAACUAGAGAGCAACAACAAGAAGUUACAGCAAGAAGUAGUAAAAUUGAAACAAUUUAUGGAAAUGAAUAUGGUAGAACGCGGUCAAGUGGAACAGUAUAAACGGGAGAUUGAAGAAAGAGCACGACUGGACAUAGAAGAAAAAUUACACGAAGUCAACCUGUUUUUACAGGCACAAGCAGCAGCUCGAGAAAAUUUGGACCAGGUAAGAGAAAAUGCUCAUGCUUCAACGAGAAGUCAAAUGGAACUUAGAAUUAAAGAUCUGGAAUCUCAGCUCUCUACAAUGAAGAUGUCUCAAGAAGAUUCGACUAAAACAGAGUUGGAAACCUACAGGCAACUCUACCUAGAAGAAUUAAAAGUUAGAAAGUCCUUGAGAAAUAAGCUGAACAGGACUAAUGAGAGACUGUCAGAGAGCAAUACAAAACUUCUUGUGGAGAGACAGCAGCACCAAACUUUACUCAGGACCCUUACUAUGAGCCCAGGCCUGGAACCACCUUAUUGUGGACAUUUUGAAAAUAAUUUAGUGCUCAAUGGAAACCUUACUCCAAGAGGAAACUUAGUGAUUCCUACCUUAAACCCACGGCCGUCAUAUGACGACAGGGAGACUUCCUUGUGGAAGACGCAGCGGGAGUUGGAGAAAAGAAUAACCAGAGCACUAGAAGAAGCUGCUACCAAAUUUGAAUGAGGAUCCUGUAGAAAUCCUUUAGUAUCUACUGAUGAUUCAAUUCUAAAUCAAGAUCCAGUAUGGAAAGCGUCACGAGAAUAUGUACAGAUUUUGAACAAAAAUUAUACAAUUUGAAAAAUAAAUAGAAAAAAUUUACUGGAUGCUUACAAAACAUUUUCAUUGCUUCGCAAUUGAACACACUAUACAGCAAAGUCUUGAUUAAAGGAAAAUGUUUUUGUUUCA